GACAGACAGAGAGUCGGACAGGCCAUGUGACGGAGGAGAAUCAAGCUUUGGACAAACCACUGCAACACACAAUCCAGACAAGAACCGUUGUCUUUUGAGGGGGGAAAAGAGUGAAGAGGAGAGAGGCAGAAUCAUUGUGGCUCCUUUCCAGGAGGAACAUCCUGCACCACAACUUGUUUGUUUUCUCUUUCGUUCUCGUAUCCCGACUCCUCUCAGAUCUCGAUGCUUUGCUUUGGGAUUUGUCCUCCAAAUCCAUUCAAUUCCUCUCUUGAUCUUUCUCUUUGUCAUCUGAAACAUUUUGAGCAACAUAUUUUUUCCACAACUUUGCUCCCCAACAAACUGAGUCUGACAUUUGUUCACUUCCACUUGGAAGUUUAAUCCCAGCCCUGUUCUGGAAUGAAUUUAGCCAAACCCAGCUUGUCUAGAGAGACUCUUCUGCUUGCCAGCCGGAUGUCUCUCGGGGGCCGCUGGGCGUCGGGGACCCCGAGCCCUGCUUCUGAUUCCGAGCUGGGUUUUGAGCAGAACGUCUCCGGGGACUGCAGUUCUCCUGAUGACCUUGGAAGCGGGAAGAUGAGGAGAACAGAACCAAGGCUUUCUCUGACAGCAAGUUCAGGGGGCCAGAGUCCGGACCGGACCCAGGCAGGAGUUGUUUCGCCAGCCACAGCUGAUGGGAAGGCUGUGGGGGGAGAGCAGAGGAUCCGCAGGCCCAUGAACGCCUUCAUGGUCUGGGCCAAAGAUGAGAGGAAACGACUGGCCGUGCAAAACCCAGACUUGCACAACGCUGUGCUCAGCAAGAUGCUAGGUCAGUCAUGGAAGGCCCUGAGUGUAACAGACAAGCGACCAUUUGUGGAGGAAGCCGAACGUCUCCGUGUCCAGCACCUCCAGGAUCACCCAAACUACAAGUACAGGCCUCGCCGUAAAAAGACCACCAAAAAACUCAAGCGGGUUGAACCGGGUCUUCUGCUGCAUAGUUUAGCCCAGGGAGGACUCGGAAUAGGACCUGGUAUGGGCCCCUUGGGUGCAGAAAGUGUCAAUGGAGGUUCUGCUUAUGGAAAUCAUCACUCCCACCACCUGCUGCAUCCUCUUGGGCCCUUCAGGGACUUCCCGGCUCCAGGACUUCAAGAGCUGGAGAGCUAUGGCCUGCCCACUCCAGAGAUGUCCCCUCUGGAUGUGAUGGAAGAUGGAGCUGGGGAAUCUGUGUUUUUCCCCCAACAUAUGCAAGAAGAGACAGGGAUGGGAGGUUGGAGUGGUUAUCACCAGCACCUUCACCAUCAAAGCCAACAUUACAGCCACAAUUACAUCAACCACAGUCACCACAACUCCAUAAAUGGUGCAGCAACACACAGUCAGGCUUCAGGAAUGAGUGUUAGUUCCAGUUUAAGGACCUGUUUGAAUUCCAGUUUGAGUCCAAGUAGAGAUUCCAGAGUUGAUCCUAGAAUGAGUUCUGGUGAGUUAAAUAUGACCUUGAGCAUGAACUCUAGGUUAAAUCACACCUCUAGUCACCACAUUGCCUUAAGGAGUACUGUAAAGUGCCCACCACCUCUAUCCGACUCCUCCUCCCCUGUUCCCUACGCCCAGCCCUCCAUAAGUCUCCCUGAGCUGGUCAAAUCCCACCAAAUGCCACAUCAACCCACUGCUCCUGUCAGCUACUUCGGUCAAAUGUAUGGGAACAGCGCUCCAAAUGCAGCACACUACAUGCCUUCUCACCUGGGGCAACUUUCACCUCCUCCUGAAACUUCUCCUUCUUCCAUCCCCACAUCAACCUUUCCUCAUCUUCUGCACUUAGAGUCUUCAAAUCCUGAGUCCUCCUGCCAUUUGGGGACUACCUCUGCUGAGUUUUGGUCGGAGGUGGACAGGCAUGAAUUUGACCAGUAUGUAAAUGUGGGCAGGAAUCGGGAGGAGGCCUACGCACAUGGUGGGGGCUGUGGUGGGGGGUCCAAAGUCCUGAGUGGACGCAGUAGCAGUGACGCAGAUAGCAUGAAUAGCAGUUUAAUUAACAGGGAUGUCCGGAGCAUUUUGAGUGGUGCUGGUGGAUGUGAGGAAGGGAGCAGCUCUCUUAUAACUGCUCUUUCUGAUACCAGCAGCGCUGUCUAUUACAGUGCUUGUAUCUCUGGAUAAAUACUCCAUGAUCUGAUCCCUUAUGUGUUCCUGCUUGCAUAACGCACACUUUGGUUUGGUUCAUUUGAACCACGGUUACAUGAUCGGGAGGAAGCAUUUUUUUUAAAGACGUUUGGGCUCAUAUUCUUAGUCAUUGCCGUGUCUUGCUUAUCACUCAUAGAUUCCGACUGUAAAUGUUAAAAGUUACUCUAAAUGUGGAUGAGGAAGAUGAGUGUUUUCAUCAUAACAAAACUAACUGGAGCCAGAGCUGGCUAGAGCGCUAAACCUUUUUGUUUAUUCCUUAAACGUGCCAACUGAAAAAAGCUAAUGUAUAAAUGCGUAGUUUUAAAUGAAUGCAUUUCUGAACAUGAUCUUGAACAAUUGGCUGCCUAGCUGCACAGCUUUCCAUGAUAGCUGUAGCUAGCGUGGCUGGAUUAGCCUUGCUAUCAUCGGUAAUAUAUGACCCAUGGGAUUGUUUGCAGGAUUUGUGAGAAAUGCACAAUUUACUAUUUCAUGGCACGUUGAAAGCAGAAGCUCCAGCAGAAGGUUUUGGUUUAGCUGAGCAAUAUCAGAUAGUACUGUCAGUAAGUUAGCGAGCAUAGCGGAUGGAACUCCAUUUCUGUUGCAUCACUCCAAGCUUGAUGCUUUUUAUCAAGAGAUUGCCUGUUGAUCCAAAGGAAUUAUAAAGAAAGGAAACCGGCUAAACUAGUGCAUUGUCCUGCUCUGAGGAAGAAAAGAUUUGUGUUUUUAGUUACUUAUCCAGAGUGCUAUGGUGUCUGUGUUCGCACGGUUAUCACCCAAACGUUUUUUCUUGCGGCUACAUCUGGAUUGUUGGGUAUCAACAAGCCAUUGCCUGAGUUGAGGUGGCUACCUGCUCAAACCUGUUCCACAUGUUUUGUUUCUCUGCACUCCAGCCCUUAAGUCACAGAGAGUACUUAUAGGAAGAUCAAACAAGUAGCCUGCUCAAGCAAAUUGGAAUUAUAAAUAUCAUCUCAUCUCAUUUUUGACAUUUCAUCUCAGGAUCAAACAAAUACUCAUCUCUUCACUUCAUACAUUUUAUGUCCGUUAUUUUGUUUGUUAAAUGUGGACCCUAAGGAUAAAGGAGAAACUUUGUAGAUAGAUGGGAAAAAAAUAAUGGAUGGAAGAAGCUUGAUCCAGCCGACACAAAUCUGUGUUGUCGAGAAAGUCUUGGCAACAGACCCAGAGUAGACCACUGAUCUCUCCCACAAACUAUCAGGAUGUUUUACAAGCUGGUUCAGGGUUUUUUCUGACCGUAAUACAUGCUGUUCCUUUUUCUGUUUGAGGGUCUCAUGUCAAACUCCAUGCCAAAAUCUGAAUUUUUUAAGUUGAUUUGCUUUUUGGCCAAUGCAUAUAUAUAUAUAUAUAUAUAUAUAUAUAUAUAUAUAUAUGUAUAGAUGUUGAUGAGUAAAAGUUAAUUCUUUUCACUUGUUUAAACAAAAACGUAUUUUUUUCAAAAGUGUAAUGUUGUCCUACAAAUAACAGAAGAUUGGGUUCUACAAAUUGAGUGCCUUUGUAAAAUUUCUUAUUUGGUAUAUGAGAACAGCUACACUUAAUACUUUAAAAUCCUUCAUAAAGCAACAUAAAUAAUGAUGAGCUUUUUGAUUACUAUUACACGUUGUCCCGUUCUUAAUAUCAUUUAUACAUUCAAGGAUGAUUUUUGGAACCUGUUUUGAAAGUAGCCUUUUAAUAUAUAUAUAUAUAUAUAUAUAUGUAUACAGAGAGAGGGAGAGAGAGAGAGAGAGAGAGAGAGAGAUGCUGUCUAUUGGCAGUAUGUGAAGGAGAAAUUGAGACUAUGAAAUGUUCUCUUUGCACUGGGUUUAAUGUAAUAGCUGUAUAGAAGCAGCACUACUUAAUUACUAUGUCAUUUUAUUUUCAUUUAUUAUGUUUUUGUACAGAAAGGACUGUUUGUUUUGUUAUGUUGUCGAUUUUGUUUUAUACAUUUAAUUUCAAGGAAUAGCUCGACAUUUUAGGAAAUUAUUUGCUGAGAGUAAGAUGAGAAGAUCGAUAUCACUGGAGCCUGAGGGUAAUUAGCAUCGCUGAGUGAGACAGGAAUCUUUUUUUCUUCUUCCAAAUUAAAAAGAUUUCCCACCAGGACCUCUUAUACAUACUAAUUACCUUUGUGUAUCUUAUCUUUUUAUUCUGAGCACAGAUAGUUACAUCAUGUCACUCCCAGUAGAACCAUAACUUGAAGGUUGUUUUGUCCAAUUUGUGUCCUAAUUAACAAUAAAGGCGUGAAUUAUAAAUUGCGACAGAUCCAGGCUGGCUGUCUGGUUCCAACGCCCUACUUAUGCCUCAGACAUGACAGUGAUAAUGAUAUUCACACUCUCUGCAAGAAAAUAUUGAACUAUUCAUUAAAAAAUAAUUUGAUUAUAAAAUCAUUGGAGCAGUGAGUUCCCACUUGGUAUCCGAAAUGUUGUUUAUUGUGUGUGUAAACAUGCUUUCAAAAUAAAAUAUUGAAUUGUAA